AUGGAUAUCAUCAACUCAAUCGACAUAAUCAACAAAUUCAGCAUUGGAUAUAGUCUCAAUGUCCCCUUGCUCCUUUUAUCCUCCGGCUUCGUUGCCAUCGCGUUGAGCAGACUUCUCGGCGCGGGCGAGAGCACCACCGACCAGGACGGCUGCCAGCCCGCCGCACGGCUCUGGCAAUGGGACCCUUUCCUAGGGAUUGACGUCGUGAUCAGCCAGGUGCGGGCGUUGCGGCGUGAUUAUUACCUCGAUUGGUUGCGUGACUUGCAUGCCAACCGGCCCAAGACGUUCACGUUGCGCUUCUUCGGCAUGCGUUGGUUCUACUCGAUCGAGCCCGAGGUCCUCAAAGCUGUCUACGCCACCAACUUUAAGGAUUUCGGCGUCGAGCCCAUCCGCCGCGACUCCAGAAUCACCAUGCCUUUUGCCGACAAGGGCGUGAACACCACGGAUGGCGAUGACUGGGCCCAUAGCCGCGUCCUGAUCAAGCCCUUCUUUGAGCGGGACGUCUACCACAACACGGAGCGCAUCGCACCCUUCGCCGACCGCUUCCUGAGUCUGCUCCCCCAAGACGGCGAGGAGGUGGACGUCCAGCCGCUGAUCCAGCGCUGGUUCCUCGACAUCACGACCGAAUUCAUCUUCGGCCAGUCCAUCGAUGCCCUCGUGGACCCCUCGCGAGCACAGAUUACCUGGACGAUGAUGGACUGCCUUCGCGGGGCGCGGCUGCGGGCGCAGACGUUCCGCUUCCUGUGGGCCUUCAAUUGGAACUGGUGGUUGAAGGCGGUGGACGAGGUGCACGACUUCAUCAACCCCCAAAUCCGCUCCACCUUCGCCGAGAUGGAUGAGCGGGACGCGCGACAGAAGAAGGGACUGGCGUUGGAGCCGGAGCGGACCGAUUUGCUGUGGCUCAUGGCGCUUCACCUCCGCGGCGACGAGGCAGAGCUGCGCUCGCAGCUGUGCCUCAUCAUCGUGCCCAACAACGACACCACCUCCAUCUUCAUCAGCAACUGCAUCUGGCACCUGGCGCGCCAUGAGAGGGUCUGGAAGGAGCUCCGCAAGGAGGUCCUCGCGCUGGGCGACCAGCCACUGACCUUUGAUGUCCUGCGCAACCUUCCAUACCUCAACGGCGUGAUGAACGAAACGCAUCGUCUGCUUCCCAACAACGUGACGCAGGUGCGCGCCUGUCUGAGUGACACGGUUCUGCCCGUGGGCGGGGGGCGCGACGGACGAGCUCCCCUCAAGAUUCGGAAGGGGGACAUUGUGUCCGUGACCAAGACGCUAAUGUACCGCGACCCCGAUCACUGGGGCCGCGAUGCCGAAGAAUACCACCCGGAACGCUUCCUGGGCCGCCGUGGCAGUUGGGGGUUCUUGCCGUACGGGGGCGGUCCGCGUCGCUGCCCCGCCCAGAUGAUGGCGCAGACCGAGGCCGCCUUCAUGCUGGCCCGCAUCGCCCAGACGUACAGCCGCAUUGAGGCGCGUGAUCCAGAACCAUACCGCGCGGUCAUGCGGAUUGGGCCGUCCAACAAGACGGGGGUGAAAAUUGCGCUGUACAAGUGA